UUUGUUUAGAAAUUAUUUUUUGAAUGUUAUGGAUAAACAAAACUUAUUACCAAAUUUUUUAAGUUCAAGUACUUAUAAGCUUACAAAAGCUGCAAGCUUUUCCGAACUGUCAACGACAAAAAAAGUUGUUAUUGAACAACAACAGCAUUCAAAGGAAUAUGGAAAUCUUAUCAAACAAUACAGCUGUGAGCAAAUUUUUGAUAAAAAAUUGAAUUCCAGUCUCGUAAAGGUAUCCUGUAAAUUGAAAUCUGAUAACGAAGAACAUAAUGGUACUUGGAAUAGUACAGUAUCGGUAGUGUCGUCGUUAGCAAAUUUAGUACAAGGAGAUGACAUAAAAGUACCAUUAUCUAUUGAAAGACAGUAUUCUUCGUCUUCGAGUGAAUAUUUCGAUCUUAAGGAGUCGAAUAUUAAUUUUAAAAAAAUUGAUAUAAGUAAUAAAAAUAAUUUUUAUGAUUAUGAAGAAUCUAUCAAUGAAAAUUGUAAUAAGUCUAAAUUUGAAUUUAAAAGGCCAACGUUGAUGAUAAAAAAGUCUAGAGUCUUAAAUGGCAUUGAUAAUGUCAUACAUGACAAUUACAAUGUAAAUAAGAAUAAUUUAUCCGAAUUACUUCAGAGAAAUACUUGUAAAAAUUCAAAUCAGAAUCAGAAAAUCGAUACUUCUAAAUUAAAAGAAAAGCUCAGGUCAUUAGUAGUCAGAAGACCAAAAGAAAUAAAUGACUUCAAUUGUUCAUUUCAAUGGUGA